AUGAGCUCCAAAAACGCGUCGCUUGAGGGCUUACCAGAUGAGCUGGUGCACGAGAUAAUCACGCACCUCGACGCCAUUCGCUCUUACGACACGCUCUUCAGGUACACCGAACACCAGAAAAACGUGGCGAUAGAGGCAAAUCGUCAAUCCGACAACCACAUCCGCAGGCUGGCCUUGUACAAUCUCUGUCUGACAUCUCGUUGCCUAAAGCGAAUGGCUACCCCAAUCCUGUACGCCUCGUUCAUAGGGACCGCCGCCGAGCAUGGCACCGAACCUCUCCAGUCGUUUCGCAAAAGAAUCUUAGACUCCUCUGGCUCGGGUGAGGAACUUAACAAGUAUCUGAAGUACGUGGAGAUUCGACGCAUGGACAAGAAGUGCCAGAACGACAGCAUACCUCCGCACACCAUUGCACGACAUUACCUUACCAUGCUAGCCGACGUUGUCAAACAGGCGGCCAACCUACAACACUUGUCGAUCGAGAAUAUAGAAGACCGUGAUCGAUCCUUCUGGAGAUACUUUGUCCCUGGACGGGAAAUAACGCAUUCGCCUACGCCCAACCCAGGAGCCGAACAUGUUUUUAGCAAGCUUCAGACAUUGUGCGUCAAUACAACUCUCCAACACUAUGGACUCCACGCUGAAACCAUUUCGUUUGAUCAGAUUUGCUCCGUGGUAUCGACGGCGCCCAUGCUCACCGACUUCCGAGCGCGUAGCGUCGUGGCACAACCGCCAGCAUCGAUGCCUCAGCUUGGCUUAUGGAAAACGCUGCAGCGCCUCGAGAUUACCGCAUGUCGUCUCGAGAUAGAGGCGGUAGCUAGUAUUCUAUCGGCAUGUGAAGGCUUAAGACAUGUUGUCUGUAUAUGGAUGCCUCUCGAGGAUUUUGAAGGGUCGCCAUCCGACCUGUACGCCAGCCUGUUACGUCACGCUGACACGCUUGAAUCCCUACAUCUUGAUAUUCGUGAAAUCAUGUUCCGAUCAGAGGAGGAGGCCUCGGACUCUGAUUUAGACGAAGAUUACGUAGAGAUGGUAUCGCUCAAACCUCUCGGCACUCUUCGACCAUUCGAACAUUUGAGCAAGUUGGUCAUAUCUCAGAACUGCUUGCUCGGUGCUUCUGCUCCGUACGCUGACUUUUCGAGGAACGCGCCUCCAAUAGCCAAGCUGCUAUCACCGUCUCUCACAAGCUUCACGAUGCUGAUUGGUGUUGAAAGCCAAUAUCGGGCGGGAUACAAGAGCUUGGAUACAUCGACUGUCCUUCGGGAUUUCGUCGCGGAAUGCGGGGCAUCUGAUCUGAGCUUGGAAGACGUGAGUUUCCAAGCUGAGUUUGAGUUGUCUGCGGCGCCCAAGACUACGAAGGCGUUCCUUGACAUUGGUGUGCGUUAUGAGCAAGUAUUAGAGCGGUACUGGGUCCACGAAGCCUUCAGGUAG